GAAGAAUACAGACAGAGUGGGACAACAGAGUAGCUUUUGCCAGUUUGUUCUGAGAUUCAACAGGAAGAAAUGAUAAAGGCGGUAAUGGUGAUUAACACCCUCGGCAAGCCUCGCCUUUCCAAAUUCUACGAAUUUCAGCCAGCGGAGAAGCAACAAGAGCUCAUACGUCAUGUAUACGCAGUGUUAAGCAACAGACCUGAAAAUGUGAGCAAUUUUAUUCGGAGCUUAGGUUCAAUUUUCGGUCAGGAUACAAGGCUCGUGUAUAAGCACUAUGCUACCUUAUAUUUCGUGUUUCUAUUUGAUAACUCUGAGAAUGAGUUGGCCAUGCUCGACCUAAUACAAGUUUUUGUGGAAACACUGGACAAAUGCUUCAGAAGUGUAUGCGAGCUUGAUGUGGUAUUCAAUUAUAGCAAGAUGCAUACCAUUUUAGAUGAAAUAAUUUUAGGUGGUCAAGUGCUAGAAACAGAUUCUGUUGAAGUUAUGAAAGCCAUUGAGGAGAUUACAAAAUUAGAGUCAACCACAAGCGCUAGCACAUUGAUCAACAAAUCUAUUCCUUCUUGGUGGGCUAGAUAGCAUAUGGUUUGUUCUGUACAUUACCUUAUUGUGUUGAAAAUGAACUCUCUUGAAUAGGACGUUUAUACUUUUUUUAGUGUGGCAAAUUAACUGACUUCUCAAUUCAUAAUCAUAGCUGGAUACACAUAUCUAUGAAUUAUAAAGUUUUUUUAUAGGGUC